CACACACAGUUUCUACUUUCUAUCGAGAGCGAGUGGCUCGUGUUUUGGGGGCGUAUGUGUGAGUGCGUAAAGUGCAUCAUCAGUCAUCACAGUCAUUAGUAAUCUGCAGUUGAUCGCUCUGCGCGCAGCUCCGAUCGACGACAAAGUACUUACUUAAUAAUUAAGUCUGUGCACUGUGCGAAAAGUGAAAACUGCCAUUGGAGCAUUACGCGUGUAGCUAGCGAACGCGCUCACAGAGCCGUGAAAUAAUUCAGACUCGCUCCCUGAAACAAUGAGCCUACUCCCUUACAGCAUGCAACCAUGUCAACAACGGAUGCUCUUAUUUUCUUUGUUCCCAUUCAUCUAGCUCUCCUUCUUUUUUUUUACCCUUCUCCGUUUUACAGAUUCUUCAGCAUUCAACUAUAAAAAAUGGAAGCUGGCGGAGGUGUCUUGACAGCGGAGCGCAGUCCAGCUAGGUCAAAUUUACAUGUCGCAUUUACGGAAGAGGGCAAAGUCAAAGAGCGCAGAGAAAAAUUCCUCACAGCCAAGUAUGGCUCACACCAAAUGUCUCUAAUACGCAAGAGGCUCGCCGUGGAAAUGUGGCUAUUCGAAGAACUUUCCAAAUUAUACGAAUCAAAGAAUGAGAGUGGAAACAGUAGAGAAGUUGAAGUUGACAUUGAUGAGUUGCUCGAUAUGGACAGUGAUGAGCAUAGAAAAAGUUACUUACAAGGAUUGUUGGUCGAUGCCAAGAAACCUCCGCACGACGUUAAGAAAUUCAUCAAUGACUUGUUAGAGAAGGCCAAGACUCUUUGAAGCAUCAAAUUCAAGUUUAUUGUAAGAUUUAUGUUGCAACAAGUUGCCAACUUUGCUUAUUCCUGGAAUUUGUAUAACACACGUGCACUUUUCAGAGUGAGUUGUGCACACGCGCACCCCAAGAACUGAGAUUAUUAGUGACAAAAAAUUCAACUAGAGUACACACUGCAAAAGGUAGUUCAUAGAAAAUUUUCACACUUGUGUGUGUGUGUGUGUGUGUGUGUGCGCUACUCUGAUCAAGAAAAAUUUCCAACUAGAAGACUAUGAAGCUUUAGAAUGUAGUAUUUUGUUUUAGGCAACUUGCUCUGUAAAGUUGCUAUUAUGGAAACUGCCUAACACUCUCUCUCUCUCUCUCUCUCUCUCUCUCUUAAUUUAAAUGAAUAGGUAGGUUUAAAUCUUUUUUUUAUUGAUCAGGUUUAAUUAUUAUAACUUGUGUAUCAUCAAAAUGUGUAAGAUUAAUCUUUCAUUGUAUAAAAUGUGUGCGCACUAUACUUAUGAUAAACUAAUAGAGAGGCACUUGUGUGUAUUGUAUUAUGACAGCUGCAUUGUGUCAAGUGCCAAAUAGGGUAUAUUUUCCAAGAAAUACACGCCAAAAAUGACGACCUUAUAGCAAUUUCUUUUUUACAAACAAUAGUAUAAAAUUUUCGUCUCGAAUACUGUGUCGUGCAACAGUUUCUACUGCUACGAUGAUCUCAAAAUGAUAAAUACUCCUGUACUUAACAUCACAUACACCAAUUACCUGAUUCUUUGAUUUUAAUUAAUCAACAAAUUAAUUAACAUUAGUAAAAGAUUGUACCUAUACUUUUUAGAGUCCAAAUCUAAGUUCUAUUACCAAAAGUAAACUUUAUCUUGCUAAUUGCACACCAAAUGAUACAUCAGCACCGGUUUAUUCUAUAACAUUAUAAAUAUUAUCUUUAACGAUAAAACAAAAAGGUGACGUGCUGUUCCAAGUCUUUCAUUUCAUCAAAAUCCUAUAAUUAUAUCAUAACGAAAAAGACGAUGUGUUGCACAAAACUUUUUGUUAUAGUUUAGCAUUUUAACGCAAUGAUAUGCACAAAAAAAUUAGCGGAUCAGUAUCGCAACCAAAGAUUGAUGAAUGCGGAUGAAGACAAAAUGCUGUUGAUAAUUCGAUUUCGUCAUUUUUGUUCUUACGAUGAAUCAUUGUAGGCCUGCUCGUUGUAUUACAGCCGAUCCCUGUGUAGCUAUGUGAGCACAGUUAUUAUAUAAAUACAAAGCGAAAAAGCAAUUUUUCCGAUAAAGCGACAUGCUAAAUUUUUGGCUUUAGCUUAUGAAAAGAAGGCUGAAUUAGGAGACACUUAUUGUAAGAGAAUAUUUUCACACAUUUUUACUGCAGUGAAAUUAUUCAGACUUUUUCGGAAAAUAUUGCGUGCACUCUAUUUCAUUGAAAUAUAGACAUAUUGUAAGAUAUGGGCGAAUAUACUGUGUGAAUCAUCGGUAUUUUCUGAUUUUUAUACGUUAUUGUGCCGCGCGAUCGUCCAAAGUUAAUGCGAUAUGUCCAACGAAAUAGUAAAAGAGUAUCUUGUGGCUACAGCGAAAAAUUAGACAUACAAUUUGAAAAAAUACCA